AUGGGCAAAUUGAAGUCAGUGAUUUAUUCAGAAAACUCUUCACCUUUACAAUUUGAGGAAGGAUGGGCUGCGGUUAUAUCAGAAUAUGAUCUGCAGGACAACAAAUGGUUGGCUGGUAUGUUUAGGAGGCGUAAAAGUUGGAUACUUGCAUACUUUUCUGACAUUGAAAUGGCUGGAUUGUUACGGACCACCUCCAGGCUUCGCACAAUCGAAGAUGACAGAAAUUCCCGCAAAACUCCAAGGAUGGAAACUCCAUUACAUAUUGAAAAAGAUGCGGCCCAAGUUUAUACCUUGGCUCUCUACUACCGUGUGAGGGAAGAAAUUAUAAAUGCUUGUUUCCAUACUACAAUGCUUGAAAUGUCCCGAAGUGAUGAGAUCCGGUACUUUACGUGCAAAGAUGACUUGGCUAAAGGUCAACUCUUUAAGGCAUCUGUGAGCCUGAGCAAUAAUAAUGUCGACUGUAGUUGUAAAUAUUACAACCGGUAUGGCUAUUUGUGUUGUCACACCUUUGCUGCAUUACAGCAAUGCGGCAUUCAGUCAAUCCCACGUCAGUAUGUUAAAGCUAGAUGGACAAAAGAUGCAUUAAAAAAUCACUCUUCACUUGGCUCAAUUGAAAUGCCACCAAAUUGUGACAAGGCCGAGCAGAUUAAAUACAAACGUACUAGAGCAUGUUUUGAAUUUCAAAACUGUUUGGAUAUGGCUGGUGAAGACGAGGACAAGUUAGAUAUGGUUAGGGCCAAUUUGCGGGAUCUGGAUUCAAGAUUUCAAAAAGGAUUGGAAUUUGCGGACGUGCAGAGUCAAGCAAACCGGGUUGAUGCUUUUGUUGGACCCAUUCUAGUCAACGAGGAAGGAGUAAGAAAUCCAAAUCUGAGCAGAAAUAAAGGUUGUGGCACACGCAUGAAAAGUAGUCGCGAGAUUUCAGUUCAAGCUAAGGGUCAACGUACAUUCAGCAUAUGUAACAAAACAUAA